GUGCUCAGACACAGAGUGGGAGAGAAGAGAGAGAGGACUCUCACGCCGAUGAAGUUCACCGGCCACAAUGCCACCGCCACCCAGCGCGGAGGAACCGGAGCCGGAGGCGGAGGCCGUGGCCGGAAUCUCCUCGUUGGUGUGAAGUUGGAUCCCUGGAGCCGGGAGCUGCUGACGUGGACGCUCCUCAAGGUCGCCGAGCCCGGCGACGUCGUCAUUGCGCUUCACGCCGUCUCCUCAGAGAAUGCUGCAUCUAUGCUCUCUCUUGUGAAGGCUUUUGAUUCAGUUCUUGGUGUGUACGAAGGCUUCUGCCACUUGAAGCAGGUUGAGCUGAAGCUUAAAGUGUGUAGAGGCACAUCGGCGCGGAAACUGCUUGUGCAGGAAGCGGAAUCUCUUGGUGCUGAUACGGUUAUUUUAGGAACUUCUCAGAGCUUUUACGCGCUCCGGUCUUCGGCAGCCAUUGCCAAAUACUGCGCAAAGAAAUUGCCUAAGUGUGUAUCUGUAUUUGCUGUUGAUAGUGGCAAAGUUGCAUUCCGCAGAGAAGCUACUGUUAUGAGUAGUGAUCAAGUAAAACUAAAUGCAAGCCCCUCCUUCAUAAGCAAAUCUUUAACGAAAAAGAGAAGCCAGAAGAGCAAUGAAUGCUGUGUACGGCUGUUAGUGUUGCCAGAUAGUUCUACAACCACACAUAAGGAGGGGUUGGCUGAUAGUCAUAGACAGGAAAAUUCACUGGCUUUAGUGCCAAUUCAAAAGCCUGAUGGUGCUUCUAAUUAUUCGAUUCCGGUGGUCAAAUCAGACUGUUCAAAACCAGAUAGUUCUGCAGCUCUACCUAAGGAAGGGUUGAAUGAUAGUCAGGAAAAUUCACUGGCUUUGGUGCCAAUUCAGAAGCCUGAUGAUGCUUGUAGCUAUUCGAAUGCAGUGGUCAAACCAGACCGUCUAAAACAUGGUUGGUUGCUACUGCGCCAGGUGUUUCUGCCAAAAAGGAAUAAGCAGAAAUCUUUGGUGAAAAAUACCCCUUCUUUUCACAUGGCAUCAGAACAACCCAACUCUCCUUCUGCUGUAGUCCAUGUUGAUGAGGAACAGAAUAUUGAUCCUAUUGGCGAUUGCAACCUAGAUGCAGAGAGUGGUGCCAUUGUGCCAUAUGAAUCGGAUGAUAUUGCUACUCCUUCUCCACUUUUUUGUCAUUCCAGUGUCACUCCUGAAGAAUUGUUGGCCUUACAAGAGAAAUACUCAUCUUCCUGCAAAUUGUAUAGUUUCCAAGAACUUGUAUCCGCAACAGCAAACUUCUCGAGUGAAAAUUUGGUUGGAAUAGGUGGGUGUAGUCAUGUUUACAGAGGAUGUCUUGCAGAGGGCAAGGAAUUGGCAAUCAAAAUUUUGAAGCCAUCUGAAAAUGCUAUAAAAGAUUUUGUUAAGGAAAUUGAGAUCGUCACAACUUUGCAUCAUAAGAACAUAAUAUCUCUAUCUGGAUUUUGUAUUCACAGCAAUAAUUUACUACUGGUUUCUGAUCUUUUAUCAAGGGGAAGCUUAGAAGAAAACCUUUAUGGCAACAAGAAUGAUUGCAGGGCAUUUGGUUGGCAAGAGAGGUACAAGGUAGCUGUGGGUGUAGCUGAGGCAUUAAACCAUCUGCAUAAUCGAUCUGCACAUCCUGUGAUCCAUAGGGAUGUAAAAUCUUCUAAUAUCCUUCUUUCAGAUGAUUUUGAGCCUCAGCUGUCAGAUUUCGGACUGGCUAGUUGGGGUGCUUCUUCAUCCCAUACAAGUACUGAUGUAGCUGGAACUUUUGGAUACUUAGCUCCUGAGUAUUUUAUGCAUGGUAAAGUGACUGACAAAAUUGAUGUAUAUGCUUUUGGUGUUGUACUUCUUGAGCUUCUCUCAAGUAAGAAGCCAAUUAAUAAUGUAUGUCCUAAGGUCCAACAGAGUCUUGUUACGUGGGCAACGCCAAUUUUGAAGGAAGGAAAGCUUUCUGAGUUACUUGAUCCAAGUCUAGGUAGUGAUUACAACCAUUCUCACAUUCAAAGAAUGGUUCUAGCUGCGACUCUUUGCAUUAGACGAUCUUUUAGAUGGCGGCCUCAUAUCAGCCUUAUCUUGAAGCUCCUACAAGGUGUUGAAGAAGUGAUAAGAUGGGCAGAAGAAGAAGUUAAUGCAUCGGAGGAGCUUGACAGAUUAGAUGGGGAGCCAGUUUCAAUUGAUAUUCAGUCGCAUCUAAGCCUUGCUUUGCUGGACAUAGAGGAUGAUACAGAUUCAAUUAGUAGCACUGAGCAGUUUAUAUCAACUGAAGACUAUUUUAGGAGAAGAUGUAGUCGCUCGUCAAGUUUUGCCUAGAAUGUCGUCGCAGUACUGACAGAUGUCUAUAUUAUGUGUUUUCUUAGGUUAGCUUUCCAAAUUCUGCAGCAAUAAUGCAGGUUGGCUCUUAGGAAGAGUAAUCCCAAAAGUUUUGGGGUUUAGGUCUCUGUUCAUAUUUUCCACGAUAUGGUUGUAGUCAGCUUCCUCGCACUUAAUGUCAUUUGAGCUUUUUUCAGCAUCAAGUAUUCAAGUGUAUAGAUUUGACUCGAACCACCAACCGUAAGUACUUCUUAAAGAUUCUAUAUCUUUUUGCUCUAA